AUGGGCAGACUUGAUUUGGGCCAUGUGCUCAGCGGCCCCUUGCAAAGCUCCAGAUGCCCGCAGGACUCGAAGGAGCUUCGCUAUGGCAUGGUUGACAAGGAGCCUCGAGCCGUUUUGUCAGCGAGGGGUUUGCGUCGGCUCCAGUGCAACCUGCUUGCCACAAGACAGCAUCAUAACGACACAAAAUACAACGAGGCCACAAUGAGCGUGCCAUCAGUGUAUGCCACGAAAACUGCAAUACUCCAUAUCCGUGUGCAGGCGGUCAGCGAUUCCGAGGGCUUCGUGAAGAUCGCAGAUGGCACGUUCAUCUGGCUGACGGAGUCGAAUUCGAUCUGGGCUUUUGUGGCAGACGAAUAUCUAGAAGAAGCCAAAGCCAUCAUUGACGCCUCCAUCGACAUGUGGAGGAUAGCCAUGCUUUUGUCCACAGAGGGCGUGAAAGUGGCUCUCACUGCAACGACUGCAGACGGCCUGUUCGGCGCAUCCUCACUGGCUGCUGGGGGUCUCACAUGGGCUGGAGGUUUGGGUGUGGGUGCUGGCCUGGUGGUGGUGAUUGCCUCCGCGCCAUCCAUGCUGGCAGCCACCAGCCUCUACAAGCUCAGCAGCGCCAUGGAGAACGACUCCCUGACGCCCCAAGUAGUGGCGCUUGGAGGCGCUGGCGGCGUCCUCGCCGGAUCUACUGCCGGCCUCUUAAUGAUCUCCGAAUCCGGGACAAUUGCAGGGCUCUCGGCUUCGGGUGUUGUGAGUGGUUUGAGCACCCUUGGUGGUGGAAGCGUCAUGGGCAGCCUGGCGAUGGGUGCUGCGGUGGUCGGCAGCGUGGCUGCACUGACGGCCGUCGGAGUCGGGGGCGUGGUGUGGCGGGUGUCACGGGCGUAUGUGCAGGAUCGGCCGUUCGAGACCUCUCUGCGGCACCUUUGUCCCGCACUGCUUGGGGAGUUCCCAGGCCGCGUCAAGGUGCAGCUGCUCACGAGUCGACCCGAGCUCUUUUCCAACUUGCGACCGCUGGCGCUCCGGUGCAUUUUCCUGACGGUCAGACUCAGGCUGCCGGGCAGAAAUCGGCUCAUUCCAAACUCCGACAUCGUCCUCUGGACUGGGCCGGUGACCAGCACGAAGGAAGUCUUCGAGAACCUGCGGCCGUACCUGGAUCCGCAGAAGACCUGCAUUGGCACGAUCUUCGCUCAAGGCCUCGUGCAUGUCUUGGCCCAGCGCACCUUCGGGCCUAGUAUUCGCUUCUUCGCCUUGCGCAACAUCCCCUGGCUCUGCCGGGUGGUUAAGGUUGGUGCGGAGUGUGAGAUUGUCGGAGCCAAGAGCAGCAUUGGUGUGAUGACAAUGAACCUUACCAAAGAGUGGGUCAAGACAGAGCUGGAACCGCUCUUCCUCGUCAAGAAGAUGGGGAAGCAUGAACCGGUCAUCGAGCUGCUUCCAGACUUCUGCCCGAUCGUUUUCAACCCAGCGAACCAGAUCAUCCAUCCCGCCCGCUACUGGGCCAUGUUCCGAAACUGGAACGGCCAGCCUGGGCCCCGUGACAUGGAGCCGCCUGAGUGGCUCUACAGGGACAUGGACGAGACUGCUGGACAGGUGCUGGAAGUGCUCGAUGAGGAGCUGCAGCACCUCAAGGAUGCCUUCCACCAGGCAACGGGAGCCGAGGGCUGCCAACAUGUCAUUCCUUUGGCCACGCGCCUGCUGGAGCAGUACGGCGACCAGAUUGCCGACAAGUCCACCAUGGCCAAGAUGGUCGGUACCAACAAGGCCUACUCUAUGGCAAGGACACCUGUUUUACGAAGCAAGCAGGGAGUCAUGCCACAUCCCACGCACCGCGUGGUCACAGAUGACAUCGGCUGGGGCCUGUGUGUCUUGGUGUCCAUCGCCGAGCGCCUGCAGGUCCUCGGCUUCCCGACUCCGACCACCAUGAUGCGGAUGCUUAUCGAGUGGCACCAGAAGCUCAUGGGAAAGGAGUACCUCUACAACGGUCAGCUGCGCGGUCGAGACUGCACGGAGUUGGUGCUGCUGGGUCCCGGGGACGACCUUGUUCUCGUGGCCAAGGGAGUCGAAGGUGGCCGCUCGGACCAUUGGAUCUCCAACGCCGAUGAGCAGGCCAUGGAGCCGCGCUACGGCAAUCCCUGA